AUGCCUGAAGCGACAGGGAAUAUUCCUAAUCCUGUAGACUUCAUGGCUGCUAUAGGGAAUAUGGCCACGGUUCAUCCUCCGACCUUCAGAGGAACCUCAAACCCUAUUGAUGUGGAUAACUGGGUACAAGCCAUUGAGCAAGCACUACCGGCUCAGCAGGUUCCUGAAGAACAGUGGGUUGAGUUUGGGACCUACCAGCUGCAAGGUGAAGCUCAGCAUUGGUGGAAGGGCAUGAGGCGUAUUUUGCAGCCUGAUGGGGGAACUCCUGAGGACUUUGCUGAGUGGAAAUGCAUUAAGUAUGAAGGAGGCCUUCGGAGUGACAUUCAGAGCUUUGUAGCACCUAUGGAGAUCCGGGUGCUUUCAGAACUUGUGAACAAGACCCGAAUAGCUGAAGAAUGUGUGAGGAACGAAGCUUUGGCAAAGAAUGAUAACCAGGAGUCCCACCGAAGAGAUCACCAUCAGAAUUUGGCACGAAGGAGUCAGGAAUUCAAGAGGACUGAGAACUACCGACACAGUAGGCUGCAUAAAAACAAGCAAGGUUUGUGUUACCGGUGCGGAUCACCUGGGCAUCUAGUUAAGGACUGUCCUAAUUCAUGUGGUGGAAACUUAUGA